CUUCCCAGGCACUGGAAAUCUCAGGGAUAUUGGUGCCGGCAAAGGAAAGUACUAUGCUGUGAAUUUUCCUCUUCGGGAUGGUAUAGAUGAUGAGUCCUACGAGUCUAUAUUCAAACCGGUGAUGACCAAAGUGAUGGAGAUGUACCAGCCUAGUGCUGUAGUGUUACAAUGUGGAGCUGACUCUUUGUCUGGGGACAGACUCGGCUGCUUCAACCUCACUCUUAAAGGUCAUGGAAAGUGUGCAGAGUUCAUGAAGAAGUGGAAUCUACCUCUGUUGUUAUUGGGAGGAGGUGGAUACACCAUCAGGAAUGUGGCUCGCUGUUGGACUUACGAAACAUCUAUAGCUCUAGGGGUAGAAAUAGCUAAUGAAUUACCCUACAAUGACUACUUCGAGUACUAUGGACCUGACUUCAAGCUACACAUCAGUCCAUCCAAUAUGGCCAAUCAGAAUACAGGAGAAUACAUGGACAAAAUCAAAACAAGACUGUUUGAAAAUUUGCGAAUGUUGCCUCAUGCUCCUGGUGUCCAGAUGUCAGCCAUUCCUGAAGAUGCUUUAAAUGAUGAAAGUGAUGAUGAAGACAAAGAAAACCCUGAUACUCGUGUGUCUAUCAGGGCUAAUGAUAAAAGAAUUGCCUGUGACGAGGAGUUUUCUGACAGUGAAGAUGAAGGUGAAGGAAAACGUGACCGACAGAACUACAAACCCAAAAUCAAGCGACCUCGCACUGAUGAUGAAAAAAAGGAGGGAGAAAAGGAUGCAAAAGAGCCUAAAAAAGAUUCACCUGCGGAGAACAAAGAAGAACCUCCUAAAGCAGUGGCUGAAAAGAGUGAAGAGAAGACCGAGACAGCUGAAAAGAAAGGUAUGAAAUCAAUAAUGUUUUAAGUGUUCACAGUGGGUAAUUAGGUCACCUGAGACGAAGUCUCAGUUGACCUAUUGCAAU